AUGGAGGAGAAUAGUGCUGUCACCGUGAAAUGGACAUCCCGUGUAGAGUUCAUUGUGGCGUUACUGGGAUAUUCCAUUGGUAUGCCGGAGUUCUGGAGAGUACCGUACCUUACCUACAGGAACGGAGGAGAACCUAACCUCCGAGACGGUGAAACUUGUAAAGAACGAGACCGUAUAUCAUCCGGUGGAUUCCGUGGACGAAUUCUGGCUGUAUUGUAUAUAACAGCACUUCUACCUGUGCUUCUAGUCUUAGCGAUUUGGAUCCGAGCUUUGACAUUACCAGGAGCUUCAAAAGGGCUGCUGUAUUUUGUAUCGGCUGACUUCAGAAGGUUUGCUGACACACAGUUGUGGAUAGAGGCCUCAUUUCAGACAUUUUUAACUCUGGGUCCAGGCUGGGGAGGACUUAUGAUGAUGGGAGCACACAACAAAUUCCGGACAAAUGUAUUACGAUCGUCGAUACUCUCAACAACGGCGACCUUGACCUUCGGACUAAUCAAUGGCCUCGUGGUGUUUUCCGUACUUGGUGUAAUGUCAGAGGAGAUUGGUGUGCCAAUCGAAGAUAUGAUGACCUCAGGCGGUACUUACAGAACCAUUUCUGAUGAUCUUAGAGGAAAUAUUCCCGAAACUAUUGAAAAAUCGAAGGAUCACUCUGUUGGCUGUUGUCAGUUUUGUGAUGUUUCUUCUAAGCUUGCCGCUCGCUACACAGGUACACACAGGGUAGAUCGUGAUGUCCGCCUGUUGCUCAGCCGACCACUUCCUUCCAUUGUCCGUAUAAGUACAGCCUUCAUAAUGCCUGUUUUUCUUACGUGUCUCCUCGUGAUCAGUGUCUUUACAUACAAGCCGCCGUCCUUUGGAGAGUAUAACUACCCUGUGUAUGCCCGGGCUAUAGGAUGGUGUUUUACAAUGUCUUCCUUAUUACCAGCUCUUGGUUAUUCUGUGUGGGUCAUCGUGAACGCGAAAGGAACAUUUGGACAGCGGAUCAAACACCUCUCACGACACACACCACGAUGGAUUCCAGCCAAUGUGAGGGCUGCUAACAUCUACAGAGACUCGGAACGUUCAGCGGACUUUACCUGGAAACAACUGUUCUGGUUUAACCUUACAGGGCGAGGUGGCAUUGUUAUAAAGGACUGUGGAGACUCUGUACCAAUGUUGUAG